AUGAUUCUGGUGCUGACAGUGGGCAAAAUCUGGAAAGCCACCUGUUAUGCACCAGAGGACUCCUCACCAGUCUUCUACUUUAUGGGCGUCCCCUCUCUGCCUGAAGCCCUCUUCCUCUUUGUCUUAAUUUUUCUCUUCAUCUACCUGCUCAUGCUGGUGGGAAACACCAUGAUCCUAGCAGCUGUGGUGGCAGAGCCCAGCCUCCACAAGCCCAUGUACUUUUUUCUGAUCAAUCUCUCAGCCCGGGACAUCCACUCCACUACAAGCACGGUCCCCAAGAUGCUGUCCUUAUUCCUGCUUGGGGACCACACUCUCACCUUCCCUGCCUGCUUCCUGCAGAUGUAUCUCUUCCACAGCUUCUCCUGCUCUGAAGCCUUCAUCCUGGUGGUCAUGGCCUAUGACCGCUAUGUGGCUAUCUGCCGCCCCCUGCACUACCCUGUCCUCAUGACCCCACAGACCAACGCUGCACUGGCAGCCAGUGCCUGGCUCACCGCCCUCCUCCUGCCCAUCCCAGCGGUGGUGCAGACCUCCCACAUGGCUUUUGAUAGCACUGCUCACAUCUACAACUGCUUCUGUGACCACUUGGCCGUGGUCCAGGCCUCCUGCUCUGACCCCACGCCCCAGACCCUCAUGGGCUUCUGCAUCGCCAUGGUGGUGUCCUUCCUGCCCCUUCUCCUGGUGCUUCUCUCCUAUGCCCGCAUCCUGGCCUCGGUGCUUCGCAUCAGCUCCCGAGAAGGCCGCUCAAAAGCCUUCUCCACCUGCAGCUCCCACCUCCUGGUGGUUGGCACCUACUACUCAUCCAUUGCCAUAGCCUACGUGGCCUAUAGAGCUGACCUGUCCCCUGACUUCCACAUCAUGGGCAACGUGGUGUUCUCCAUUCUCACACCUGUCCUCAACCCUCUGAUCUACACGCUGAGGAACAAGGAUGUCAAAGCAGCCAUCACCAAAAUGGCAUGUCCCCAGAGCCCAGGGCAUUCUGGGUCCCUUGAUCCUUAA